AUGAUCAUGAGCUCCUAUUUGAUGGACUCUAACUACAUCGAUCCGAAAUUUCCUCCAUGCGAGGAAUAUUCGCAAAAUAGCUACAUCCCUGAGCAUAGUCCGGAAUAUUACGGCCGGACCAGGGAAUCAGGAUUUCAACAUCACCACCAAGAGCUGUACCCACCACCACCUCCACGGUCUAGCUAUCCCGAGCGCCAAUAUAGCUGUACCAGUCUCCAGGGACCGGGCAAUCCGAGAGGCCACGGGCCGGCUCAGGCGGGGCACCAUCACCCCGAGAAAUCGCAGCCGCUCUGCGAGCCAGCUCCUCUCUCCGGCUCCUCCACUUCCCCCUCCCCAGCCCCGCCAGCCUGCAGCCAGCCAGCCCCAGACCAUCCCUCCAGCGCCGCAUCCAAGCAGCCCAUAGUGUAUCCAUGGAUGAAAAAAAUCCACGUUAGCACGGUGAACCCCAAUUAUAAUGGAGGGGAACCCAAGCGUUCGAGGACAGCCUACACCCGCCAGCAGGUCCUGGAAUUAGAAAAAGAGUUUCAUUACAACCGCUACCUGACCCGGAGGAGAAGGAUCGAGAUCGCCCACUCGCUGUGUCUCUCCGAGCGGCAGAUCAAAAUUUGGUUCCAAAACCGUCGCAUGAAAUGGAAGAAGGACCACCGGCUCCCCAACACCAAAGUCAGAUCGGCCCCACCGGCUGCCGGAGCGGCGCCCAGCGCCCUGCCCGCCACCACCCCCGGCCCUACUGAAGACCAUUCCCAAAGCUCAACACCACAGGAGCAGCAGCGAGCAGAGGACAUUACCAGGUUAUAAAACAUAAAUCACACCCCCUCGCCCCCGUCCCCACCCCACCC